UCACCUCCGAGGAAGAUUUAAAGGUAAGUUGCUUGUUGCUUGUGGUUUUGAUGCUAACAAGACAUGCUUGCCUAUUGCAUAUGCUGUGGUGGAUGAAGAAACCAAUGACAGUUGGUCGUGGUUUAUGGAUCAUGUCAGAACUCAUGUGGUGAAAUACGAGCGGGAGGUGUGCAUUAUAUCAGAUAGGCAUAAAGGACUCUUGAAUGCAAUGGACUCUGAAAUCAUGACAAGGGCCCCGCAGAUACACCACAAAUUUUGUUUGCUUCAUGUUAGGGCAAAUGUGUUGAAGAAGCACAAGGGUCCCAAUGUGAAGGCCAUUAUAUGGAAGUUGGGGGUAAGUUCUCAGGAACGUAAAUUUGCCAGAAGACGUCGAGCACUAUAUGAUGUCAACAGUGGUGCGGUUCGAAUGUUAAAUAGGAUUACAAAAGAAUGUUGGUCACUGUGCUACGAUGGUGGACUUAGGUGGGGGGUGGCCACAACAAACAUGUCGGAGUGCUACAAUAACGUCUUGAGGGGUGUGAGAGAGUUGCCGAUUAGAGCGUUGGUUGAUUUGACAUUUUGGAGGACGGUGAAAUGGUGGGUGGAGAAGAAGACAACAAUCGAACACACCGAAGGUGAAUUAACCCCAUGGGCGAGGGACAAACUUGCUAAGAAUGACUCAAAGGGGCGAAAACAUUACAUCACUGUCAUUGACCGAGAUGUUGGGAAGUACCAUGUCCGAACUCGAGGAAGAAUCGUAAAAGGAGUGUCAAAGGGCAACAAUGUUCAAAUAGUCAGGUAUUUGGAAUCGAGUUGCAGUUGUGGUAAGUGGCAGAUGUGGAGAAUCCCUUGUUCGCAUGCUUGUGCGGUUGCUAGAGACAGAGGUCAUGUUAUGAUGGACCUCAUAGAUGAGAAGUACUACCUAGGUACAUGGAGAUCACAGUACUAUACUCAAGUUUCAUUUGAUGCACCAAGACACGAAGAGUAUUGGGUUGCACCUUCAUGGAAAUUGUGCAUCACCCCUCAGCAGUUGAUUCCUAGAACGCGUGGCCGCGUUAGAAGAAGGAGGAUACUUAAUCAAAUGGAUGUCCAGGAGGAAGAUGAACCGAGGGCUCCCCGCCGUUGCAGAAAUUGCGGGAUAGAGGGGCAUGACCGAAGAAAUUGCUCAGCCGGUGCCGUUCAGUAAAGUCGUGAUUUCUACAAUUGGCACGUGUUCAAAAUCUUCUACUGUGACGGUUCAUCUUUCAUGUCUGAUGUUGAGGAUGUAUACCCGAAGCACAACCUGACUUAUAGAGGUGCGAGAAUAUAUGAUGCCAUGAUGGAUGAACUUCUACGAAUCGGAAUGGGAAAUGCUAAAAAUGCUUUAUUGUCAGGCACUUCGGCAGGUGGAUUGACCACUACUUUACAUUGUGAUAAGUUUCAAUCGUUGUUUCACAACACAACUAGAGUGAAGUGCAUGUCCGAUUCAGCUUUUUUGUUCAUUGAGAGCAUUUUAUAGGAGCUGAUUGGAGAGAAGCUUUCUUCUUUAGUGUGAUAACAACACAUGUAUUCUUUUUAUCUCAUUUUACUUUGUUUUAUAAUCAAGUAGUACCUUUAUAUUAUUAACACGCAUAUUCUUACAUUUAUUCCUCAUUUUUUGCUAUGUACAUAUAUAAGGUUUGAAGAAUAUGUUACCCACAUCAUGCACAUCCAAAUUUAGCUCAACUUUGGUAUGAAUAUAGUAAGCUAAUCCAAAUUUAGCUCAACUCUAGUAUAAAUAUAGUAACCUAAUUUUCAUUACUUUUCCGGAUAAUAUAAUUAAGUAUUCCUCACAAUCACAUCUGUAUUUGUAGUGUUUGUUUCCUGAAAAUUUGGUCCCAGAUAUCCAAACCCCAUUAUUUUUAAUCGAAUCAACAUUUGACUCAUAUCAGAUAUCACAUAAUGUGUUCUCUCCGAGUGAUACUAGCUCGAGAUGGAUCAAUUGCACCAGUAACUUGAUGUUUUGCAAUUGGACUGAGAUAAAAAUCAUGAAAGAUUUUAGGUACACAUUCAUAAAUACGCUAAAAAAUACAAUUGCGAAUAGCUCCUCAAGGAGAGGCUAUUUUGUACAUAGCUGCUACCAACAUGGCCAUAUGGAAUACAAACGCAGUUCGACAUGCUCAUCGUUGGUUGGAAACGGACUUGCUAACAAAACGAUAGCACAAGCCGUGGGAGAUUGGUAUUUCGACCGGAGCGAGUUUCAGGAGAAAGACGUGCUCAACGACUUGCCACGGAAAUGCACUAGCAACGGCGACCAACCUACUUUGGAGAAAAAGUGUAGGGAUUAUAUUCAUCAUUAGAUGUCAUGA